AGUGUAAACAUGAGCACACCAAACAUUCACUGUUUGCUUGAGCUGUUUACAUCGCUCUAACACAACAGUGAACUAUAAUCUGAUAUCUGCUGAUAUUUCUUCUGAUUUGGCGUUGUAAUCAGAUGUAGCGGGAAACACUGAGGUGGUGCAGCAAAUGUCUCGCAUCCGAUUACAAUUUGCCUCGCUGCAAACAUAAAAUCAACUCAACUUUACAAUGUGAAGGGAUAUUGUUUAUCCCAAUGCGUAAUUUAAUUCACAGCCUGCUGUAGCUGCCACUUGGAAUUCUGAAGACAUCUUAAGGUGAGUUUCCAUAAGUUAGGACAGCUGCUGUGCCAAAUCAUCACCAAAAAUAUGAGUCAGGAGCCAUCAAUUCAUACCUGGCCCGGCUCUUAUUACAUCAACAGUGAGAAACGCUGGGCCAGUGGCGUUCUCUCUUUAUCCCGCACCACCCUCCGCUUCAUCUCAGAGCAAAAACAGGAGAGCCUGAUGAGCCUGAAGCUCUCGCGCAUCAUGGAGAUCAAGAUGGAGUCCUCCAGCAUCAUUUUCAGCGCUCUCACUGUGCUGGAGCAGGGGAACCUCAAGCACUGGUUUGGGUCUCUCAGGCCGUGCCGUAAUGUGGUUUACCACGUUCUCGAGCACUUCUGGAGGGAGCGUCUGCUGUCUCCUUCAGAACCACAAGGGGCUGAAGCUCCACUCAGUAAGGGCCAGGAGCUGAUCGGCCUGAUUUCUGGAACCCAGCGGAGGCUUGAGGAUACUGGGAAAGUGCUGAACCACCAGGGGGAGCAGUUUGACAACAUGAUUCAAGGCCUGGACAAGAUCGAAUCAGACCUGACCGUGGCAGAUAAGCUACUCUCUGAACUCGAGUGUCCGUCUUGGUGGCCUUUUGGUAAAAUGCCAUGGAGGAGCCAUCAGGAGGCCAAGUCUGAAGCAGCUGCCAAAGCGGCCUGUACCAAAGGCUCAGGCAAGGGCCAAAAAGUCAUAGUCAGCAUUCCAGCUAUUGUCUUCCGUGACGGAAACACUGGAAACAUGAAACCAGGUAGCCUGACUCUGUUGGUGUCUUCUCUGGAGGUCCGAGAAGCAAACGGGCAGCUCCUCCAUUGCUUUGAGAAGGAAGAAGUGGACGAUAUCCAUGUGUUCAACCCCUACGAGAUCAGCAUUCGCCAGCGCUUCAUCGGAAAACCUGACAUCUGCUUCCGACUUCUGUCUGCCAGGAUGACCGAAGCUCUGUCUGUGUUGGAGAUGCAGUACAAGAAGAAGGUUGAGGUCACACGCGACUAUGCUGCAUUUCGGUCGUCUUCGGCAACCACACCAGAAAGCCCAGAAAGUGGAGGAAACGUUUGGGCUGCAGGUCAUGGCCAGGACACAGAGGUGCCGGUGGAGGUGCCUGCUGGAGAACUGACGCAACUGCAGCUUCAAGUGCUUCAGCCCACUGUUACUGAGGCCGAGGCACAGGAGCUAAAACAGAUGCUCCAGCAGCUGAAGAAUCUGGCUCUGGAGGCUGAGACUGAACUGGAGCGUCAGGAUGAGGCUCUGGACGUGUUGAGCUGCUCUACUGACCAUGCCACCAUGAACAUUAACAGACACACUCGCCGCAUGAGGAAACUGCUGUGAACCCAACGUCAACAGAUUAAUGGUAGGAUAUGCACAGGUCAACAUACAGUAGAUCUGCUACCUACAAACUAAAUCUGCCAACACACUCAUGACUUUUCAGCAUCAUUUUGCAUGGCUUGGCAUCCUCACACCAUUGUAAUAAAAGAGUGAUCUAUGGCACAAUUUAAAUACUGUAAUCAAUUUGUUGUUGUUGUUGUUAUGAAGUGACAUUUCAGUAACAAGAUUCUAUACAUUGUCAAACCCUUAACAGUAAUCCUACGGUGGCUGAGAGAGCUCAAAUGUGCUGAAAUGAAGUUAAUAAAACAUGCAAAUAGAAAAAUAAGUUGACAACACAUACUUGCACAUUCUUAAAACACAUACAACUACAAAAACACACUGCAAAUAGCGUAGGCAAUAUCGUAAAUGUGUCGGGGGGCGCCAAAAAGAGAUGAACCGGGGUUUUUUGUUUAUUUUUACAUCCUGAUCUUACAGUUCCUUGUUGUUUGUAUGUUUUUAGCCCUAAUAUUCUGACAGUUUGCUCAAUGAACGUUAGCAAUGUUAGCAAAAGUUUCUCACACGUAAGUUAGGGGUUGUUUACACAACGUUUUUCAGCCAAAAAUUGGAAAAUUUAUGUAUUUUGUCCCAUUUGUUUACAUGAUUACUAUAUUUAUUGGGAUUGAAAACGCAUACAUGUAGAAACAGGUUGCAAAAUGUAAGUUUUUGAAAACGCUGGAGUUCUUGUGUCCAUGUGAACACCCGAAAACGAGAGUCUUUGAUGUUAUAUGCAUACAUGGUGCAUGUUUAGGGAGGUGUCAAUUAAAAGCAACAAUAAACAAACACACAAACAAUGGCGGAGUAUGUGAUAUGCUGUGUUCACAACAGACGCGGCACGCACGAAUAGUCUCACUAUUCACACGUAAAUAGACGCAUAAACAUUUUACGUUUACUCGCUUCUUUUGCUCGUCAAAUUCACUUCACAAUAGAUGUGGAUUCACACCAUGGGCAGGGCUUUUUUCCAUCUCAUGACUACUUUUGUUACUAAAUGGUUAACAUGUUUUUGUAUUGAGAGAUUAGGGGCUCUAUUUUGAGGGGCUCUAUUUUAAGUCCAAAGUGCAGGCCGCAAACGCAUUAAGGGCGUGUCAGAAUCCGUUUUUGCUAUUUUAAGGACGGAAAAAUUCACUUUGCACCGUGGCGCAUGGUCUAACAGGGUUGAGCUUAUUCUCUUAAUGAGUUAUAGGUGUGUUUUGAAUAAACCAAUCAGAGUCUCAUCUCCCAUUCCCUUUAAAAGCCAGUUGCACCGCGCCAUAGCGCAUUUGCUAUUUACAUGGCGGACUUUGUAAGUGGAAAACCUGAACACUUCACUAGAGAGAAAACAGUUAAACAGAGCAUCUAGAGGGCGAGAAUGAGAGAUGAGCCUCCUCAUUGUUUACUUUCGCUUUCACUCUCGUGGAUUGGGAAACGUGUUGUACGCACAGAUAUCCAUUAGCUUAUACAUAAUUAAUUUUGUUUGUUAAGGCAAGGCAAGGCAAGUUUAUUUAAAUAGCACAUUUCAUACACAGUGGUAAUUCAAAGUGCUUUACAUAAACAGGAAUAAAAGAGACAAGUAUAAGAAAAAUAAAAAACAGAUAUUAAAAAUUAUUUAAAAAAAACGGAUAAAAACAGAUAAAAUGUGUUAGAACAGGUUAUAAAAGAAUGAAAAAGAAAAAAAAACAUAAUAGUGUGAUCUGUCGGAUGUAGCACAGUGCUUAGAUGGACGCGAGUCACUUUCUGUAUGUCCAAAACCAAAAUAUUCAGUAAAAGCAGAACGACCGCGAUAUGUGUAUGUCUUUCCAUUUUUGCCCCUUUGCUCCCAUGGCCAUCAACUAGCAACAGCUCUACAAACAAUAACAGCUCGGUGACACAAGCGUACUGGGUUUCAGAAGGAAAAAGGACAUUGUGAACACAAACCGGCCAAGAAGGUGGCAAGGGGGACAAUCAAACUUGGAUACGGUCCAGGCAAUUGAAAGUGUGAAAGCACCCUCAAACCAGAUUGUAUGGUUAUUGGGUUUUUUGGAUAUUAUUAGCCCAAAUAAUCAAGCUGUACGAUCAGGAUAUUAAAAUAAACAAAAAACACUUUCAUUUUGGGGUCUCUCGACACAUUUUUGUUGUGGUUUGCGCUCCUUGCAGUUUGUUUUUCUAUUUGCGUGUGUUUUCUGAACUUGCAGUGCAUCUGAGCUCUGUCUGCCAUUGUGUAAUCCUGCUUUAUUGUCAAUGCAACAUGUGCUGGAAUUAAAUCACAUUGUUGCAACCCAGGCUCAUUCUGAAAACGUAGUCCAGCGGACGUUUCUGGAGACCGCAAAUUGUGUAGCUGGAGGUACGUAUGGCUGCAUUGAAUUUUUUUUAAACGAAGGCUACGGGGCGGUGUGUUGCAGUUCCUUUUUGCGCUUACCGGCUGACAGCUUAAACCGUGUGGAGGGCUUUCUCGCCGCAACCAGUUUAGCUCAUCGUGUAUGUCGGCGGACUUGAGGCGCAGAAAGCAGAUGACCACGACGACACCGACGAGGUUUGAGUCUGGGGAAGAGCAGUUCCAGAAAUCAGGGAAGACAUGAACAGAAUCCAAAAAAUAAAAUGCACGAGUGAAUAACAGGGUGAGGAUGUGGCAAAAUCCGAAAACUUGAUAAAAAUCAGACGAGAGCUUCUCUUUUUCUAGACGGCUUUUGUAAAUCGUUGGUUGGGUUUAGGGAAAUAAGUGGCUGGGCGGGUCAAUCGAUAAAAUUGGUUGGGUUUAAGGAAGGAGGAGGGUGGGUCUGUCGAUUGGUCGGCCGGCCAGUCAGUCAUCCAGCCAGUCAGACAGACGUUCGGUCGACAGCGUCCUCUGGUGGGCUUACGCAAGAACAGCAGGUGCAAACUGGACUCGCCAGAAAAAUUUGAGAUAAGAAAAAGUGCACACGCGCCUCUCGUCAAUUUGCGAAAACAAAAACUGCAAAAAUACGUACCUCCCGGGACGUAUUUCGCGGUCUCCAGAAACGUUGACGGGACUACGUUUUCAGAAUGAGCCUGGGUUGCAUUGUUGCUAGUGUAAACACACGAUGCUCUUAUUUAUUUACUGUACUCUUUGUGAUCAGGGCAAGUGCAAAAUAAACUCCCACUGAAAUUA